GAGCUAUCGUGACUAUUAUACAUCGAAUACCUACCACCUUUCUAUUGCAGCUCUUUCCGAAUUCAAUCCGAUUGAACCAGCUUGUUUGGUUGAUUGAAACAUUACCCCUAUCUUUCUUAGACUCCCACCCACACUACACACAAAAUGGCCAACGCUCCCCACGGUGGACAACUCAAGGACCUCGUCGCUCGUGACGCUCACUUGCGAGAUUCGCUCAUCGAAGAGUCUCGUUCGCUUCCCGACAUCUACCUCAACGAGAGGCAACUAUGUGAUUUGGAGCUCAUCUGUAACGGAGGUUUCUCUCCUCUCGAGGGGUUCAUGAACCAGGCCGACUACGAGUCCGUCCGAGACACCCUCCGACUCAAAUCCGGCGACCUGUUCUCCAUGCCCAUCACCUUGGAUGUCUCGCAAGAAGACAUUGACAGCCUGAAGCUCGCUGCUGGGUCCAGGAUCGCCCUCCGUGAUCCUCGUGACGAGGCCGCUCUCGCCAUCUUGACCGUCGAGGACAUCUACCGAUUCGACAAGGCUCUUGAGGCCGAGCGUGUCAUGGGUGCCGACGACCCUGCUCACCCGGCCGUCGCCUACGCAAGGAAGAACGUCAAAGAGUUCUACGUCGGUGGUAAAGUCCAGGCCGUCCAGCCUCCUCAGCACUUUGACUAUGUCGACAUCAGGUUCACCCCUGCCGAACUCCGGGCUCACUUCAAAAAGGUCUCGUGGCGCAAGGUCGUCGCUUUCCAGACCCGUAACCCCAUGCACAGGGCUCACCGAGAGUUGACCGUCCGAGCGGCUCGUCAGCACCAGGCCAACGUCUUGAUCCACCCCGUCGUCGGUCUCACGAAGCCCGGUGACGUCGACCACUACACCCGAGUCAGGGCCUACCAGGCCUUGAUGCCCAAGUACCCCAACGGAAUGGCCACUUUGGCCCUCUUGCCCCUCGCCAUGAGGAUGGCUGGACCCAGGGAAGCCGUCUGGCACGCCAUCAUCCGAAAGAACUUUGGCGCCACCCACUUUAUCGUCGGUCGUGAUCACGCCGGUCCUGGCAAGAACUCGCAAGGCAAGGACUUUUACGGACCCUACGAUGCUCAGGAGCUCGUCACCAAGUACAAGGACGAGUUGCACAUCGAAAUGGUUCCCUUCCAGAUGAUGACCUACCUUCCCGGAUCGGACGAGUACCAGCCCGUAGACGAGGUGCCCAAGGGUACCCCCACGGCCGACAUUUCCGGUACCGAGCUCCGAAAGCGUCUCAGGACCGGUGCCGCCAUCCCCGACUGGUUCAGUUACGAGGCCGUCGUCAAGGUGCUUCGUGAAUCCUACCCUCCCCGUCUCAAGCAAGGGUUCGUCAUCCUGUUGACCGGGUUGCACAACUCGGGCAAGGACACGAUCGCCAAGGCCUUGAGCGUAGUGUUGCAACAACAGGGUGGACGAAGCGUCAGCUUGUUGUUGGGCGAGGCCGUCAGGCAAGACUUGGGCUCGAUCGGUGAUGACGUCACGGCCGAGGACAAGGACGCCAACGUCCGAAGGAUCGGUUUCGUCGCCGCCGAACUCUCUCGAGCUGGUGCCGCCGUCAUCGCUGCCCCUACCGCUCCCUUGGCCAAGUCCCGACAGGCCGUCCGUGACUUGGUCGCAAGCACCGGGUCUGGCAACUACUUCGAGGUCCACGUCUCGACCCCGAUCGAGCACUGUGAAAAGACCGACAGGCGUGGGGUGUACAAGCGGGCCAGGGAUGGUUCAUUGAAGGGUUUCGCUGGUGUCGACUUGGAGUACGAGACCCCCUCGAAGCCCGAGCUUGUCGUCGACCUUACCCAGAUGACCGUUCCUGAGAUCGUUCACGCCAUCAUCCUCACCUUGGAGACCCAGAGCCUGGUCUAAAAGGAACUCUUAGCUUCCAACGCCUGCCGUUCCGCAUAGAUUAGGACAAGUCUGCUGUAUCGUUAUAGAAAUCAGGGCGGCAACGAUUGUCCUCAGAAGGCAUAAAGGAUAAUUGAUUGUUGACGUCGGCCAUGGUCCCACUUUCAGUGCCGAGAACUGUCUGUGAUCUCACUGACCAGCCCAACACGUUGUGGCCCGAAUUCUAGGUAUAAAGGAAUCGAACACGUUUGAGCUCGCGA